AUGGCUGCUUCUGCAUUACUUCUGCCACCAACUACACCCCCGGAUUACCACCGUAUCGUCUCUCCAACCCUCAAUAUCCCAUCGGACCACAAAUUCACAAUUCCCGUCGGUCUGCUCUCGUGCCAACGCGACCCCCUCUUGCGCAACCUUUCCACCACCGUCAUCUCUGCUCAGAUCUACAAACCACCCACCGCUUCCAGUGGUGGAAAGAAAGCACACCAGAAACAGGCCAAGGCCACCGCUGAGCCUAUACUCGCGUCGCCUUGCUUACAGGUCGUACUUCACGAUACCGUUCUCUUUCCGGAAGGUGGAGGACAACCAUCCGAUGUGGGAGUCAUCGUGACUGGCGAUGGACGAGUCUGGGAAGUGGCCCUCAUCAAACGUCAUGGACUGACGGCUGUACACUACGUCAAGCUUCAGCCUGAUACGAGCACGGAGGAUGUACCGACUGUCUUUGAGGCAGGCCGGAAAGUGAGCGUCGAAUUGGGCGAGGAGGGGUUCAAGAGGCGGUUAGACCAUAUGAGCAUGCAUACGAGUCAACACCUGCUCUCCGCAGUCCUCGAAAGCCACCUCUCCCUCCCGACCCUCGCGUGGUCUCUGACAUCUUACCCCUCCCCAUCCUACGUCGACCUCCCCCGCGCCCUCACACCCGAAGAAACGACCCUCAUCCAAGACGAAUGCAACCGCUACGUCUUCGAAGGCCGUCGCGUCCACAUCGAAGUCCAAGAACUCCAAUCUAAAUCUAACCAAAACGGCACCACACCCUCCUCCACCGCCGACACAUCCGCGAAGCGCGAAUUCGGUCGAGGACUCCCGAGCGACUACGUCGGCGGUGGAGGCGUCCACCGUGUAGUUGUGAUAGACGGCGUAGACCGUAAUCCAUGCUGUGGCACACACCUCCCUACGCUCUCUUCGCUUCAACUUUACCUCCUCCCGCCUCCCGCGGGUGGAUCUUCGGCGCCCGUGAGGCAUUAUUUCCUCUCUGGACCGAGGCUGCUCAAUCACUUGGGAACGGUGCAGUCGCUUUUGACUCGGACCGCGGGAUUGUUGUCGUGUGGGGCGGUGGAGACGCCGGAGCGCGUGGCGCUUGUGGCGGAGGAGAGUAAGAAGAGAGAGAAGCGGAUGGAUGAUGUGGAGAAGGAGUUGGCUGACGCGAUUGGGAGGCAGCUGGUGGGUGAGAUGUUGAAAUGGGAGAGAACGGAGGAUAAUAAGAGUUCUGGGAAGGAAUGGACUAAGUUCAUCGGACGUACGGAUGAUUCGCCGACUUCUGCCUUGUCGUUUUUGCAGGCCAUCACCUUCGCAUUCCUGGCACACCUACCGCCCGACGAAUCCCAUAAGUACACCAUUCUACUCACCUCUUCUCCGUCUUCUCAGACGACUGCAUCGACUACGGUGGUCAUGCUGUUUGGGAGUGACGAUAAACGGGUGAAGGAGGUCGGGGAGGAGUUGAAGAAGCAGUUUAAAACGUUGAAAGGAGGCGGAAAGGGAGUUCGGUGGAGUGGGAAGUCGACUGGGGUUUGGCUUGCGGAUAGGGAAGGAAAGGCUGCGGCGCUAGCUUUGACUCAAUCCGCUUCGGCUUGAGACGAAGAACUGUAAUUGUACAAUACUCUGAUGUAAGAUGCAGCCUAGAGGAAUACGACUCGGAACCGUAUGCUGGAACCAAUACUAUUACUGGCUGUUUAAAG